GAUCGGUCGCGUUCGCCACUCUCCCGGCCAGUCGCCAACCGCACGUCGCGCCGUUUAUUAGCCGAAGACGGAUAAAUAAGUGUGGGUACAUCGCGCCUUCUCGAUUCGGUAUUUACCGCGGACGUCCGAAGAAGAAAAAGAGGAAGAAGAGUAAUUUACUAACGCGUUUUUUUUUUUUUUUUAUUAACUCGAUUUGGUUUUUUUAAGCGCUUCAAUUGUUUUCGCGAGCCAUGCCGGCGGUCCCGGACUCGCCGCGAUAGCCGGUCCGGACACGACAUGCGGUCACCGUGCGAGGCGGGUACCGGCGUCCGGCGCGACGGACCCUGACGCCGCGGUACCCCGGGACCGGUACCAUUGCUACGGAAAUGGCCUGAAGUCAUGGUGAAACGGUCGUGCGCGUACUACUGCAGUAGCUUGAGCGGCGGCAAUCGGAGCGUCGCGGUCGUACUGGUGUUGUCGUACCUGUUGUGCGGUGUCGCGUUGGCUUCGUCGCUCGGACGCCGGUCGUCCCUGUUGGCCGAACAACAACGGUACAACGGUUUUCGGGACGCGGAAGAAGUGGUGGCGGCGGCGGCGGCGGCGGCAGCCAGCAGGGCCGAGAGGUCUGCGGGCAACUUGUCGCACAUUGCGGGCACCGCGAGAAAAAUUAAAAUGUUCAUCAAGAACAGAUACCUUCAGCUGUACCCGGACGGCACGGUGAACAGCACGGCCGAGGAUACCAGCGAUUACGUUAUCCUACAAAGAAUUUCUGUGAACAUUGGACAGCUGAAGAUUCAAGGAGUAGCCACGUGCAUGUACUUGUGUAUGGACGCUUGCGGUCUACUUUACGGUUCGAAAGAUUUCGACGAAGAGUGUGUGUUCAACGAGAUGAUCGGACAACACCACUACAACCAUUACACGUCGGUCAGGUACACCAACGACCGGCGGACGCUGUACUUGGCGCUGAACAAGCACGGGACGCCGCGCAAGGUGCAGGUCAAAGCCAACGCGACGAUGGGCAAACUGUCCACGUACACGCGCGUGCUCACCCAGCCGGUGCCCGUGAAGCGGGUGGAAGAGUUGCUGGCGUCCCGCAAGCCGGUGGGCGAGUGGCCAGCGCACGGACUGCGGCACCACCACGUGUGUCCGCCGCACAUCGGGCCGCCCACCGCCAAACACCGUCCGGACAGACAGCGCAAGUGUUCCGACGGCAAAACGGGAGACGGCGGCGCCGGCCGACACAAGAAGACGGACGAGAGCCAGGGCGGUGGCGGCGGCGGCAACGCCUGGAACAGAGAGGACGAAGACUGCAAGAGAAACCGGUGCGACAACGUGAGCCACAGGAAAGUGGACACGGCCGGCCGGACAAAAAAGAAGACCGGCGCGUCCGGCAAAAAGGCCGGCGGCGGCGCAAAGGGCAAGGGCAAAACGAAGAAAACCGAACCGUCCGAACCGCCCGCGCCGCCGCCGCCGCCCGAACCGGUCGCGGUCCAAGCGGCUGUUACCACGGUCGCGGUACAAGCGGCGGUUACCACGAUGGCGGCACCGCAGCAACAGGACGACGACGCGGACGCGGACGCGCCCGUCACAGCUCCGUCAGACGAGUUCCUAGGCUCUAACGAGAAUUAGAUUCAUUAUUAUUAUUUACCUGUAUUGCUUGAUUAUGUUUUUCUAUUUAUGUAUAAUUUUUUUUAGAAUCUAAUUUCACUUGAAAACGGCUUUUAAAAAAAAAAAAACCACCCACCGUUUUACAAAUUGGACAAAUCACA